AUGAGACGAGCGGUCCCUAAUUUCACUACUUCAGAGGCCGGCAACCCUUUCGUGGACGGGUGGUACGCCGAUCCGGAUACAUGCGUCUACAAUGGCCAAUAUUGGGCAUUCCCGACUUCAUCCUACGCCUAUGACGAACAGAUCUACCUCGACGCUUUCUCUUCGCGCGACCUUGUGCACUGGACCAAGCAUGCAAAUAUCCUCACCAAAGCCCAGGUAUCUUGGGCAAACAGAGCCAUGUGGGCGCCCGCCCAUAUCGAACGCGACGGAAAAUACUACCUGUACUUCGCAGCCAAUAACAUUCAAGAGGGAGAAACACAGAUUGGCGGUAUUGGCGUUGCCGUAGCAGACCAGCCCGAGGGCCCUUACAAAGAUGCAAUUGGGAAGCCGCUCAUUGGCGAGUACCAUAAUGGAGCCCAGCCCAUUGAUCAAGACGUCUUCAUCGACGAUGAUGGUUAG